AUGCCAAUUUUCGCAAAGAAGUUCGCCCCCAAACUGGUUCCGCCACGUGUCCGGCGCCUCAACAUCGGGUGUCCACCACCGGCCGAAGAUAUCGAUGAUUUCCGGACAAUCACACUCAAUCUGGUCGACCGACAGCUCUGCUUUAUCGACGGUAUCUGGAUGAAUGGACUUCAGCCGACUGCAACCGGAGGAUUACCGUCUGCCACCGGUGGCCCAAUCGGUAACGCGUCUGCACACUCCACUGACGAUAUGCUGCGGAUGAGGCGUCGCAUCAAGACCCUCGAACAGGAGAACAAUCUUUUGCAGGUGAAGCUGGAUGUGCUAGUCGACCUACUGACAGAGAACGUGAUUGAGUUGCAUGAAGUCAAAAAUCAGUAA